AUGGCCCCUGCCACGAAUACGUUACCAGAUCAUCUGGAUCAUUCCAUCUUCGCGAAAAACGAAGUGGAGGGGAUGGAGGCGGAGGGGGAGGGGAUGGAGGCGGAGGGGGAGGGGGAAGAGGCAGAGGGGGAGGGGGAGGAGGAGGAGGGGGAGGGGGUGGAGGCGGAGAAGGGCGGCAACGGGGAGCUUGCGGCCCCGCUGCACGUGUUUCGAGCAGCCGACGGCUCUUUGCAGGAGGAACCCGAAAUCAGCGACGGCGACCUGAUGGUGGUCGGCAACCUAGACGCGCUGUACUACGAGGAAGUGGCUUCCCUCUUUUCUUCCUCCCCUCCCUUCUUCUCUCCUUCCCCAUCCUUCUUUUCUCCCUCCCCGCCCUUCCUCUCUUCCUCUGCUGCUGCUUCCACUGCAUGCAAUGCAGCAGCAGUCACUGAUACAGGCGCAUCUGUAGCAGCAGUAUUUGAAGUAAGUGCAGCUGUGACUGUUGCGGGCGUUACUGUCCCAGGCGCGGCUGGCUUCGGAAAGACUUGGGAGGCUGCAACUGGAGCAGGUACACCUGAGGAGGGUGCUACAGCGGAAGCAGGCACAACUGGGGUAGGUACAACUGCAGCUUGCGUGGUGACUGGGGCAGAUGAGGAGGGUGCUACAGCAGAAGCAGGUGCGACUGGGGGAGGUACAACUGCAGCUUGA